AAUCCUGUGACACAAUCUAGAGAGAUCAUGUAGCUUGAGCUGAGAUCAGUUUGGCUAGCUGUGGAGUGGUCUAGAUGUAUUAGACACUGAAGUGUAUAUAUACUCACUGCUGCAACUAGUCUAGAUCUAUAUAUAGAGUCUAGACUAACUCUAGAGUCUUAGUGUCUAGUGUCUAGAGUCUAUAGACUCUACUUGGAGUCGACUGGUGGAGACUCAGAGGCCGCGCCAAAGGCCUCAUUCGAACAUCAACAACAAGUACAUGAAGAGUUGCCCGAACUGUGCAGCUUCAAUGGGGCACUAUGGAAAUGCUCAGGAAGGUUUUGUUCAGACCAUUAACUGUACUGCACUCCCAAUGGAACAAUAUUUGUCUAAACUCUUCUCUGAUCACAAGGAGAAAAAAACAUGCUUUCGAAUAGAGUUGAGAAAAUAUCGUAACAGUAACAAACGUUGUUCAACAGAUACAACCUGGAUAACCGGUUUGGACAAGACACCACAAAUAUUGGAGGUGGAUUUUUUGUUGCUGAUUAUAGCUGGAGAUAUCGAAACUAACCCUGGCCCUGUUCUUACAACACUGACACUCUCAACUCUUCAUGAAGAAUUAGUUGAGUUGACUAAUCCACUUCUUUUUGGUAAACACUUGGGCAUUCCUCAGUUGGUAUUGGACAAACUUCAUCCAAAUGACGUCAGUGAACAGAAAAAUACCCUGCUUCAGUACAUUGCUAAUAACUAUGAACUAUACGGAUUUGAUUGGGAGAAAAUCGCUGAUGCUCUUGAUAUAAUUUUAUUGAGAGACCUGGCCACAAAGCUGAGGUCUAAAUAUUGUCAACAUGAUCAUUCAUCUUCGAGUGAUGAGUAUCUUUCAGCAGAAGAGCCCCCUUCAAGUGAUGAGCAUCAUUCAGCAGAAGAGCCCCCACCGGUGCAAUUAUCUGAUCUGCCGAGAGUAGGACUUCAAGAACGGUUUCUAGUGCCAGACCCUGUUCCAUCUCAGCAGCCUACCGAGGGUUCACUAGUGCCAACUAGGACUUCAUUAUCAGUAGCACUGGGUCCUCCUGGACCCUCACCAAGUAUACCAACACUAGUAAAUGAAAAAGGUAUUCUAAUGCUAAUGAAAAGACACAAUGUUACUGAUAAGCAACUCAACACUGAAUUACAGGAAGCUGAUUUCUCCCACUUGGCUAAAUAUUUUGAUAGGAUUGAGCUCUAUAUUUACGAGAUGGAUUUAACUCCUUCAGAACAAGGUGAUGUGCAACUGAAGGGAAAUCACAACAUUCAAGAUGCAAUGAUUAUGUGCUUGUCUUACUGGCGAAGACACAAUCCUUCGAAAGCGACAUACAAAUCUCUGUUGAACAUCUUAGUGAGUCUUGACCAAGGAUUGAUAGCUGAUUACGUGUGUCAGUACUUGGCGCAGAAAAAUGUACCUGGGCCAUUAACUAUUCAGCAGCUAAGAGAAAAAUACAAUGUCACUAUUGAGCAACUUAACAGUGAAAUAGAGGAAAAGGACAUUCCCUACUUGGCUGAGAAUUUUGACAGGAUUGAGUAUUACUUCCAUUUGAUGAACUUGACUGAGAGUGAAAAAACAGAUUUACAAAAUGAAAAUUGCAAUCAAAUUGCAAUGAUUAAUUGCUUAUCUUUUUGGCGAGGGCACAAUCCUUCUGAAGCAACAUACAUGUCUCUACUGAAUAUCUUACUGCGUCUUGGCGAAGGAGAGAUAGCUUAUAAUGUCUGUCAGUAUUUGGCUGAACAUAUUGGCCCUAAACAAGAAAGUGAAUCUCUUACAAAAGCUCUGAAUCCAAACUUGAGCCACUCAUCUGCUUCACCAAUUUUAAAUGUUAAGGCAAGCUAUAUACGCUUUGCUUGUAAUUGUAGUCGCUGCUCCAUUUUUGAUUAUGUAUUAGGAAAAAAAUGUCCUGAUCAAAAUGAAUUUCCUUUCUUCAAAAUUGGUUUUAGUGAAGAAUCAGUGUCUGAUGAUGAAUUGUCUGAUGAUGUGAUCUACGAUAUAAGGAAGUUCAAGAAAUCUCUGCUAGACCAAUCAAGAAACAUGCAUGUUAAAUUUUCUGAUUUAAUGUUUGACACGUUUACGACUUUAGCAGAUCCGACUCUGCACUAUGAUGAUAUUACAAAUGUGAAGCAUUAUCUAGAGCUACUCUUUUGCCCUGAUGAGCAUUUUCCACAAGUUUCUCGGGAAGCAGUAUCUGGUGAUUUAAGCUCUGUGCAAGAUUUUCCUAGCCUUAGUAUAUUUUUAAACAACAGAUAUUGUACUUGGUAUAACUAUAAGCUGCUACUACUCUUAAGAAAAAAGUUUCUUUAUUCUUCAACGGAUUCUUCUACAGAAGAUUUUGAAAUGAAUAAAUAUGAGAGUGCAUUCAAAGACUUUGUAUAUCGUGCAUGUUUUCUCUAUUUAAACAAUGUAGGCGAUACCCCGGAAUAUCAAACUGUCGUCAUUUGCAAGGUUGAUAUCGAUUUUAAUAAAAUUUCACAACUGCAAAUCGAAGAUUUAUGGAAUGUUUUUACUGAUAUUAUUGGUUUGUCUAAGUAUCAUCUCAUGUUCAAUGAAGCCAGAAAAGGUUGCACUGAAAUCGUAUUUCGAGCACCCCAUUACAUCACAGAGUUAAAGAUCUUGUCAGCAUUUCAGUUGCGUAGCUUAAGAAAGCACGAUAUUAUUGCUGUCAGAAUUGGUGAUCGGCAUCUCUUUAGACAUGAUCAUGACUUACUCAUCACUUGUGAAAAGAAGUUGGAACUUUUACACGUAAUUGAUGUUGGCGUAAGUCCGUGCACUCUAUGGAGGGGGUUGCAUAGUGGUCAACCAUGCACUGUUUUAAAAUGUGAGGCAGAAGAAACCAAAUCAAGCUUCACUGAGUACGCUCACUACAUUCUGGAAAACAAACACGAGCAUGUAGUGAAAGGCGGUUGCAUCCAUACGGAUGACGAGCUUUCACAUAAUCCAAUAAUUGUACUCAAAGAAGUUCAAUUGCAGACAAUCAAUGAUUAUCUUUCUUCAUCUCGUAGUGCCUUGUCUGAAAUGGAACAGCUUUCAUUUUUAUUAGACAUUGCUAAGGGCUUUGCUAGUCUACAGAAUGAUACUUCUGCCUAUUUCAGAGGAACUGAAAACUCAGUUUUUGUACACGUUGAAGAAAGUAUUGUCAACUUAACUGCACAGUUUUUUCCUCUGUAUAAGCAAUCAUACUUUCCACGUGCUCAGGAGUACGCAGCCGCAGUAUCUUCAGCAGAUUUGACAUGGCUUAAAACAACAACUAUUUUGUUGCAUCAUGACAGUAAUGAUGAAAAAUCCGAGCUACCCGGGAGUCACGUGCUAUACAACAUUUUUAAGCACAAAUGGUUGUCUGACGAUGAGCGUUUACGUCCUCAUAAUGUAUCGGAAGUUACUAAAGAAAUUGAAUACAUUCUAGAAUUGGAGAAGACGAGGCUAGAUAUGAUUGAUGUGGUAAGCAACUCGAAGUUUCAGGAAGUAUCACAUUUGAAUAUGAUCCUUAUCGGGCACACUGGAGUCGGAAAGACCUCAAUUCGAAAGCAUCUACAAAACCUUUUAUUUGCCAAGAAUGAAACCAGUACUAUCCUAUUUGAACAUGAGCUUCUAUUUGUACAAACAGUUGAAUUGUUACCUGAUUCCAACAUCCCAGUUUUCCAACGUAAUGAUGCUGUAUACAGUAGUGAGCAGGAUAAGGUAUUUCUUACUUUGUGGGACACAGGGGGCCAGCCAAUGUUUCAGGAUCUUCUCCCUUGCUUCGCCAAAUUCAGAUCCAUUUAUGGCAUUGUGUUUCGUAUCAGUGAUUUUUCGGAUGAUUCUAACGCUGUUACAAGACCCACCUGUCCACUUGAGAGCGAAAGUGAAUCUCCGUAUACUUGCAAAGAGUACAUUAAACGAUGCCUUGCUUUUUUGGAGUUCUUUGCAUUUGAUAUGAAUCAAAGGUUUAUUCAACUACCUGAUGAAGUAAAAAAUGCAUUGUUUCAAAAUGCUGCUGAUGAUAUAAACCUCUUUCCUAAAGUCGCUUUAAUUGGAACUUUUAAGGACGAGAUGAUGAUUCAAGACAAUGAAAUAAAAGGAAAGUAUAAUGAUUUCAAGAAAAAUUUGCUUCAAACUGAAAGGUCCCUUCGCCCAAGCUAUGAUGACACUGUAUUUGAAGUAGACAACACCAAAUCAGGAGAUUUCUGUGAAGACCCUGGAAUUAAAGAUUUACGUGAGAAAAUAAUAACGGAAACACAGCUCACAAAGACAAAGAUACCUUUGAAAUGGAUUGCAUACAAACUUGACUUGGAAAAUGAAUCACGAUUACAACAGCCCUGCACAGGCAUUAUAACCCUUAGUAAAGCUAACGAAAUAGCAAAGAAGCAUCAAAUCAGCUCAAGUGCAGCUCUAAGUUAUUUCCAUGAACUAGGAAUAUUUCUGUGGUACCGUGAGACAGAAUCUCUUAACAGUUAUGUGAUAGUGGAAUCAAGACAUCUGCUAUCUAUUCUAGGCACUCUUCUUAACCCCAAAACAUUCAUUAUUUUCCCUGGUGAAUGGAAAAACCUUCAGGAACAUGGCUUACUGAGUAAUGAUGUCGGUCUUACACUUCUUGAUGAGACUAUGAGCAGGACAGGGGUUGAUCGUGAAUGGAUUUUUAGCUUCUUUAGAGAGCACCACCUAAUAAUGAACUUGUCAGCUGAAGGCUACUUCAUUCCCUCUUUGCUUCAAGUACUCCCAAUUUGUUCAAAUCCUUUCCACAUCUGUGAUCCGAUUUGUUCAAAUCGUUUCCACAAAUGUGAUGCAAACUGUUCUAUGUGCACCCUCCUCCCACAAGCCAAGGAUAUGGAAGUAGCCCCAUUAUUUUUAGUGCCUAAGUGUAAGUGCAUACCACCUGGCUUUUUCCCUCGACACUAAUG